UUUUAGAAAUAGUUUUCGUAUCGGCGUAGUGAGGCCAUCAUUGAAUCUAACACGGAUCAACGAUAAGGACGUCGCACAGAGCGGCAGUGUGCGAAGAAUUUGCCAAACCGUUAGUCAUCAGAAACGUACCCAGGGUUGAUAAACUCAGAUCAGGUUCAGUUCGAGUUGCUGUGCAGUGCGCUGGUGUCAAUUUUGCUGAUAAUUUGUGUAUCAAAGGAGUUUAUCAAAGACAGGAAGCUCCACCAUUUGUACCAGGAUUUGAAGUAUCCGGUGAAGUAACAGAAGUCGCUGAUAAUGUGGUGAGAUUCAAUAAGGGUGACAGAGUGUUUGGCAUUUCCAUGGCUGAUGGAUUUUCAGAAGAAGUUGUCUUAAGUCCCCAGACUCUUUGGCACAUUCCUGGCAAUGUGAGCUUCCAGCAAGCUGCUGCACUUCCUGUUUCCUUUGGUACGGCUAUGUUAGCACUCACCGAUAGAGCACGUAUUCAGCCAGGCGAGACAGUGUUAGUCACAGCUGCAGCUGGUGCUCUGGGAUUGGCAGCAGUGGAUAUUGCAAAGAAUGUGUAUAAUGCCAAGGUAAUAGGUGCAGCUGGAGGUCCAGAAAAGUGUGUCUUACUGAAAAGAAAAGGAGCUGACCAUGUAAUAGAUUAUACAAAAGAGAGUAUUCGAGAUAAAGUGAAAGAAUUUACCGGUGGUGAUGGUGUGAAUAUUGCUUUUGAUAUUAUUGGGGGCGAUUCAUUUACUGAGUGUCUGAAAAGCCUGUCAUGGGGUGGUCGCAUCCUAGUCCUUGGCUUUGCAGGAGGAGACAUUCCAAAAAUACCAGCUAACUUAUUGCUACUCAAAAAUGCCUCAGCCAUUGGAGUGUAUUUUGGAGAGCAUUUACACCAUAAUCCAGGUGCUAUGAGGAAAUCAGUCACUGAUGUCUUGGACCAUUUUGCAGAUGGAACGAUCACACCUACUAUAUCAGCAAUUUUUCCUUUAAAGGAGAUUAACGAUGCACUUGAAAAUAUUAGCUCUCGCAAGUCAGUGGGCAAAAUUGUGUUGAACGUCCUGCAACGAUGAAACCAACAUGAUGACCAUUGUCAGCCUAGCCACCAAAUACCUUUAAGGAAACAUAUCAUAUAAACUUCCUUUGAGGGUGUCACAGAUUUUAAAAUUGUUUUUAUUUUCAAUCAAAAUUAUCUUUUCAAAUUGUAGGUGCAUCAUAGAUAGAAGGUGUACCUCGCAUGAUGAGUACAAUAAGCAAUAAAACUUACGGGAGUAAAAUUAUAGCCUUUUUUUUUUAUCCAGGGUUGCCAUUCUCUUAGAUGGGCCAGUACAGGAAGAAAGUAAAGUUUAAUAGCAUGGUAAAACUGGUUAGCAUGAAAGAGGCUUUUGGGUAUGGGAGGCUUCAUUUGAUUUGUACAUGUAAAACAAUUUUUUUUUUUUUAAUUUUUCUUUUUACCAAAAAAUGAACUUCUGGAGCACUGUGAGAGGUGAUGGUAAUGAAAGGUUUUAGAGAAUAAAAUAUCAUUUCACAGUAUAUUGACUGAAAUGUAUAAAAUUUAUAGCUUUCUCUUAUGGUGCCUUGGAAUUGCAUUAAAACGUCUAUGUCUCUGUAAUGUAAAAUUUGAAUUUGUUAGCACAAUAUUUAAUGAUUGGGUUGUUUUACAGAAGUCACUAUCAAGUGCUUUUACAGUUGUUCAUUUGAAGGGAUGCUGUAAACAAAUAAUGUGUCAAAUUUAGAAUUAUUUUAAGACAAUUCAAACUUAUUAUAUAUGCAUUUUGUAUAAACGGAGGUCUUGAUUGGUGAAUUUAUUUUAAAUAAAGUCAUUGGUGACCAUUACUUAA